AUGAAUGAUAUUUGUGAGCAAUUAAGUAAAGAUGUCACAAGUUCACGUCAAUUCUUAUUCAUGAAUAUACUUUCUACAAACAUAAAAGGAAAAGAAAUAAAUAAACAAGAAGCUUCAUUUAUGUAUUUUCAAUUGUUAAUGGAAAUCUUAAUCGGAAUGGAACAUGAAGAUGAUGCAAAAACAAAUAUGAUUAAUCACUGUCGAUUAGAAUAUAUUGGAAAUGAAAUCGAUUUAAAAUAUAUCGAUGAAUUUGAUAAGACUUAUAGUCCAAAUGAAGCCAUAUGGUGGUACACAAGACAUUGCUUUUUAUUUGAAAUAUUGAAUAAAGCACUUCGAAUUCAAGACAUUGAUGUCCUAUUUAAAUAUCGUUUCUUCUUAACCGAUCUUCAUAAUCAAAUAAAACAAUUACAUUCAGAGUUUGUUCAAUCAUUUUCAACAAAAAAUAUCGAUAAUGAACAAAAAACAGUGACUGUGUAUCGCGGCCAAGGCAUAAAUGUAGAUGAGCUUGAAAACCUAAACAAUAAUCUUGGAGGGCUUUUAUCAUUCAACAACUUUUUAUCCACAAGUACCAAUCCAGAGGUAGCACUCAUGUUCCUCCGAACUAGAUCGGAUCUUCAAUCUGUUCUUUUCGAAAUAACUGCUGACUAUCGUCAAGACACAAAACCAUUCUGUAGCAUUAAAGAAAUAAGCAACUAUAAUCAAGAAGAAGAAGUCCUUUUCUCUAUCGGAACUAUAUUUCGAAUUGAAUCAGUUGAUAAUAUCAACAACGGAGUCACGAAGAUACGCUUGACAUUGACGGCACAAGAGGAUGAACAGCUGAAGCAAUUAAGACAACAUAUUCGCAUAGAACUCGGAGAAGAGUUAAACCUGAACGCCCUUGGUAUACUCAUGCUAAACAUGGGAGAAUAUCAGUACGCUCAACAAUAUUUCACAACAUCAAUUCAAAACCACCAGCUUGCACACCCUGAUAUUUUACAAAACUAUAAUAAUAUUGGAGCAGUUCACGCUGAGAAAGGUGAAUACGAUAAAGCAUUAGAGAAUUAUGAAAGGACACUUGAAAUUCAAAUCAAGUCUUUGCCAUGCAGGCAUCCAUCAUUGGCAAAUACAUAUACUAAUAUUGGAUUAGCUUUAAAUAAAAAAGGUGAAUACGAUAAAGCAUUAGAGAAUUAUGGAACGGCACUUCAAAUUCAACUCAAGUCUUUGCCAUCCAAUCAUCCAUCAUUAGCAACUACAUAUAAUAAUAUUGGAGCAGUUCACGCUGAUAAAGGUGAAUACGAUAAAGCAUUAGAGAAUUAUGAAAGGACACUUGAAAUUCAACUCAAGUCUUUGCCAUCCAAUCAUCCAUCAUUAGCAACCAUAUAUAAUAAUAUUGGAUUAGCUUUAGAUGCAAAAGGUGAAUACGAUAAAGCAUUAGAGAAUUACGAAAGGUCACUUCAAAUUCAACUCAAGUCUUUGCCAUCCAAUCAUCCAUCAUUGGCAAAUACAUAUACUAAUAUUGGAUUAGCUUUAAAUAAAAAAGGUGAAUACGCUAAAGCAUUAGAGAAUUAUGAAAGGUCACUUCAAAUUCAACUCAAGUCUUUGCCAUCCAAUCGUCCAUCAUUAGCAACCAUAUAUAAUAAUAUUGGAUUAGCUUUAAAUAAAAAAUCUUUGCCAUCGAAUCGUCCAUCAUUAGCAACUACAUAUAAUAAUAUUGGAGCAGUUCACGCUGAGAAAAGUGAAUACGAUAAAGCAUUAGAGAAUUAUGGAACGGCAUUUGAAAUUCAACUCAAGUCUUUGCCAUCCAAUCAUCCAUCAUUAGCAACUACAUAUAAUAAUAUUGGAGCAGUUCACGCUGAGAAAGGUGAAUACGAUAAAGCAUUAGAGAAUUAUGGAACGGCAACGUUUCCACAUUAG